AUUUUUUCAAAAGACAAAAUAUCCUUUAUGAUAAAAGACUAAACAUUACAUGCACAUGGCUGACGCUUUACUGUCGUCAGCUUAACUUUUCCUUUCUUUGAUCUACGCCCAUAAAUAGACAGCUGAAAAGUUUAGGGUUCCGAAGCUAGAACCCUGUCAGAGUUGCUCUUCACUUCUUACAUUAACAAAUGAUCCUACACCAAGCAAGAUCUGCAACAAAUGUUCGAUUGAUUCAUAGGCUAAAAUACUCUACAGCACCAGAUUCUUUUCGCAUAGAGCCUGCUUUAAAAUACUGCAAAGAUCUAACCAGACAGAGAGAUUACGAUGCUUACCUAUGUGUACCAUUCUUCCCAGCUCACCAAAGAAACACCCAGUACGCACUUCGUGCGUUUAAUGUCGAGUUGGCUUCGAUUCGUGAAAAUGUCUCCAAGCCAGAAAUUGGGAAAAUGCGAAUGCAGUUCUGGAAGGACAUGUUGGAUAAAGUCUAUGCUAAUAACCCACCACAGCAACCUAUUGCAAUUGCUUUGGCAGAAGCGCUAAAGACCUGCAAACUGUCAUCUAUAUGGAUGAAGCGCAUUAUCACUGAAAGAACGAGUAAUUUGGAUGAUCAGUUUAUGACCAUUAAGGACAUGGAAACUUAUGCAGAGAAUACUCACUCUAGCUUAUUGUAUUUGCAGCUUGAAUCUGUGGGAGUAAAAGAUGUUAAUGCAGAUCAUGCUAUAAGUCAUAUAGGAAAGAUGAUCGGUAUAGCUACAUUCUUGCGAGCAUUACCAUUUCAUCUUAGUCAGAGACGACUUGUUUUACCUGCUGAAGUGACUGCCAAGCAUAACGUAUCUCAAGAAAAUGUAUUCCGUGGAGAGAUUGAGGGCUUAGAAGAUGCUGUAUAUGAUGUGGCUACUGCUGCUUACGAUCAGCUAUUAACUGCAAGAUCUUUACUCAAAUCAGUUCCUGAUGCUGCAUUCCCAGUGCUGCUGUCAGCGGUUCCUUAUGUUAAAUAUCUGGAAAGCCUUGAAAAAGUCAAUUUUAAUCCAUUUGAUCCUUUGUUGCAGAAAAGAGAUUGGAAAAUGCCUCUUAUUUUAUGGAAAUCUUAUAAAUCAAGAACAAUAUAAUAGAAAAAGUCUAAGAGAGUGUACCUUAAGACUGUAGAAGCUUUUUGUCAUCGCUCUGUUAAAGAUGCAUUGUAAAUAAUAUAGACUCUAAAGUAUUUAUUAU